CGGGCCGCCUCAGCCUCCUCCCGCCACGACCACCUGCACCAUCAUGAAGGUGACGGUACAGUUCGGCCGUACCGGGAUUGUCGUCCCGUGUGGAGACGGGACCCUGACCGUCCAGCAACUCGUACGCCAAGCCGUGCAGAGGUACUGCAAGAACACCGCCAAGCUUGUCGCUGUGUAUGAAGAGCAAGAGACACACCGUGCAGACGAAGUGGCCAAUGGCAGCCUGAUGGACAGGCAGAGUCCUGACACCUUCGAGAGCGAGCUGGCUGCUCAACUUGCGGCUUUUCAGCCCAUCGUAGGGGAAAUCGAAGUCACGCCGUCUGCACUGAAAGGCAGCACACCACUCAUGGUGCGAAGAAGCAGUGAUCCGGCAAUGGUCCCACCUACUCUGUUCCAACCUGGUGCUUCUCAAUCUGAUGAACCCCUUAAUAGGAACCUGAACGUGAAGCCUGUCACAGUGGGAGCGAACUGGGUACCAAUAGAUGAUGUAAGAACAGAUUACGCAGGACUGACAGAUAAGCAUUCAAAACAUGCUUACAGUGAUUUGACAAAGAAGGUGGAGUUUUCUGGAGACCGUGGCCCUCUGGGAAUCCAUGUAGUACCCUUCAACUCUACGUUGAGUGGAAGAUUCCUCGGUCUGUGCAUCCGUGGUAUUGAAGAGAACAGCCGAUCAAAAAGAGAGCGUUUACUCCAAGAGAAUGAAUGCAUCAUCAAAAUUAAUGACAACAAUUUAAUGGACAGAACGUUUGCUCAAGCACAGGAGGUGUUUCGAAAUGCCAUGCAGCUGCCUACAGUCCAGCUCCAGAUAGUUCCAAAUUAUAACAGGGAUCGUUAUGAAAAAUCUGCAAUCGGACCCCUCACUGCUCACAGCCACGAAGACGAUUCCAAAGCCACAGUUCCACCUCCAUUGCGUUCAAAGCCAACCAGCAAACCAACAGAUUUGGUUUAUCCCAAUAGCCCAGACAGCAAUUCACCCUUGAUUUCAACACAGAUCAGCAGCCCCAAGCACUCGAGGAGCAACAGCCACUCAAUAAUGCCAAAGAAAACAUCUUCACCAACAUCCUUUGGGGGACUUGCGACCAAGAAACAAGGAAAAAAGAUCAAAAUCGAUUUGAGAAAAGGUCCAGAGGGUCUUGGUUUCACAGUAGUUACAAGAGAGUCAUCUGUCCAUGGACCUGGUCCGAUCCUGGUGAAAAAUAUCCUGCAAAGAGGAGCAGCAGUAAAAGAUGGUAGACUGCAGUCAGGAGACAGAAUUCUGGAGGUGAAUGGCAUUGAUAUAACUGGGAAAACGCAGGAGGAGCUGGUUGCAAUGCUGCGCAGCACGAAACAUGGAGAAACAGUCGCUCUUGUGGUUGCUCGCCAAGACGACGUCUUUGUGCCUCGUGAAUUGAAGGGGGAACAAAACUGUAAUCUACCAGGAGACGAUAAAAAGGAGUACCUGACCUACGAGAUUCCCCUCAAUGACUCGGGAUCCGCUGGACUGGGCAUCAGUCUAAAAGGGAAUAAGUCCAAAGACACUGGGGCUGACCUUGGCAUAUUCAUCAAGGCUAUUCUUCAUGGAGGGGCAGCUUUCAAGGAUGGGCGUCUACGGGUGAAUGAUCAGCUGAUUGCAGUGAAUGGUGAGCAGUUGCUGGAGAAAUCUAACCAUGAGGCCUUGGAAACAUUACGGCGAUCCAUGUCAAUGGAGGGAAACAUCCGAGGAAUGAUCCAGGUGAUGGUGGCCAGGAGAAUGGAUAGACACCAAGAGGAUCGUCUGGAAGUGGGUGGUGUGCAGGUACACAGCACUCGCAGCAGUAAUGGCACCAGUCAGUGGCAUACCCAGACCUCCGGUGGCAGAGAGAGAGCAACAAUAGCAAAUGAUGAGGGGGAGGUUGAAAUUCCACCUCCGGUUCCACCACAUCCUGAUGAACAAGAGACCAUGGGAGUAUACAAAAUGUGGUCUUUUCGUGAAGAUAAAAGUUCUGACCGCAAUUCUGCUUCACAAUCGCUGCACCAAAGACCAAUGGCUGGAGUUGCGGAAUAUCAGGCCAGCAACAGUGUGCAGCGGCAGUCUCCUGGCAAAAUCAGCGGUUCCAAGAGCAUGGACUUGGUGGCAGAUGAAGGCAAUGUUGGAUCUCUGGCAAUGCAUCAAUCCGAUUCCACAGGGAACGAUGUUGGCCCCAUGCUGGGUUUGAAGAAGUCUAGCUCUCUGGAGAGUUUACAAACAGCUGUCGCUGAGGUCCGGAAGAAUGAACUCCCUUUCCACAGACCCCGACCUCACAUGGUCCGUGGUCGUGGUUGCAAUGAGAGCUUCAGGGCUGCAAUUGACAAGUCCUAUGAUGGACCAGAAAUCCCUGAUGAUGAUUCUGAAGAGAGUUCCCAGUCAGGCCAUGAGACCCCUGGCAGUGAAUCCGCAUUACAGGGGAACACGGAGCAUGAGGAUGUGGAGAACUCGGAUGGCAAGACAAAGAAAGAGAAAAAGAAGAAAGAGAAGAAAAAGAAGGUGAAAACAAAGGGAAAGACGAAAGACAAAGAGAAGAAGAAGGAGAAUGAUAACCAGGAAAAGAAAGCCAAGAAGAAAGGCUUCGGAGCAAUGCUGAGGUUUGGUAAAAAGAAGGAGGAGAAAGGGAAGGAGCAAAAAUCUAAGCACAAGAGUGAUGGCCUGAAUGAGGAGGAGCUGGAGAGAAUGAAAGAAGAGCGUGACAGGAUUGAAGCCAAGCACCAGGAGUUGAGAGAGAAGCAGGCGAGAGAGCGGUACGAUCAGCUGCCGUCCACCAGUCCCUCGGUGCCCGACAUUGAAGACGAUGACAUGGACCCCAACUAUGCCAAGGUGAACCACUUUCGGGAGCCACCCCCGCCCGCCAGUGUUUUCAAGGCCCCGUCCCCACAGCUGCACUCGUUAAACCCGCCUCGGGACCUGACUGCAGAGCAGGAGAACCUGGACGGACUGUAUGCCAAGAUCAACAAGCAGCAGCAUCCUCCUGACAGUGCAAGGCCUACUAACGUUGAACGAAUCCACCAACUGAGGAAGGAGUACCAGCAGGCCAGGCGGGAGGGUGCCAUUCCAUCUUACGAAGAGCAUGAAGGCAGGCGGUGGCCUAGUGACUAUGAACCAGGCUGGAUACAAGCUCCUGUAAAAGGACCAAAUGGCCGACCCCAAUUUGAAGAACUGGAACAUCAUCAGUACACUACCCUACCAAGACAUGUUCCUGGAGAACCAGAUGAUUAUCAUCUUCAAGGCCCCUAUGGUGACAGAGAAUCACACAAGUACCUGGGAGCCCAGCAUCACACUGCAGGAUAUCGACAUCUAGGGAAUUAUCCCCGAAAUGCUGCAGACAAUCGGCUGGACCCCAGGAUGCCAGACUACUUGAGCAGUGCCAGACUGCGGGAGGCUGUGUACAAUCUCCCAACCCAGUACAAGGGACCCCACAGGCACGAUGUGCCUCCAUCCCCGACACAAACUUAUAAAAUGCCUCGCCACCAUGACCAGGGCAAGAUGACAUACAGGGAGAGCAGCCCAGACAGAUACAGGUACCCCUACGAGGACGGCAGGUAUCAAGAUCCCAGGCAAAAGAAUGGCAUGACAGCAGCUGUCUAGCCAAGUCAGAACCAGGACAUUGUGUAACAACACAAUGGGGGCACAUGAACAGAUGUGGUUUUCCACCAGUGGUCUUCAACUCUGUCUCACGGAGGAGAUAAAUCUGCUUUAUUCUCCACCUGAAUUCAACUAUGUUUUAUUCUGAAUUGAUUUAUGAAAGAAUGGCCCUUCCCUCCAGUCAGAUCACUCUGAUCAUUUUGCAUCUCUUGAUGAAUAGUUACGUGUUGGUAAUGAAGUUUGCUGAUAAAUCAUUGAGCUGCCUUUAUUGUGAUCAGGUUUACAAAUAAUGCCCAUAAGGAAGGCUGACUGAGCCUGUGCUGAGGGAACAUUUUCCCCAGUAAGGAACCACAGAUCCUUUCCUGAUAAACCUGCAGUAUAGAUAACGUUACUGUUAAUCCUCUUUGCGAACGUUAUCUUGUAGUCAGGGGCAGUGACUCUGCAAGGGAAUUGAGCCCGAGUAUUAAAUAAAACACACUUUUAUAAAAGAAUGAAAUAUUCCAGGGUAAGAAUUUAAUCGCAAGCUUCACAUAAGUUUAUAAACCAGCAGAGGGGCAUUAUCAGAACCCUUAAUUCAAUCAUCAGCAAUGUGUCCAUUCCUAUAUAUUCUCCAUGUAAUUGUGUGUGAAUGUUUAUAUACGAUAGUGAAGCUUUGAGUGCCAAAUUGAGGCUGAAAAGACCUACAGAGUGAAGAAAAGCUGUCAGAGCCAUCAUGGUAUAGACUCCAACACCGUGAUGGUUAUCUUACCUAUGUUUCCUAAGGUAUAAGCCAGCGCAAACCCUGACAAAUGCAUUAAGCGUUCAUGAGCAGCUUAUUCAAUUCAAUGAUUGGGAAAUGCUUAUUGUUAAUCUAUCUGUAUUACGGCAGCACGCAUCAUUAUAGUAUAAUUUCACAAGAAAGCAGUUUCAAGUUAUUGGUAACACCAUAAGUUUAAAAGUCCUUCUUGUAUCUCUUCCACAUGACAUAAUUUCCCAUUCUAUUCAGCCUCAGCUGUUCUGUUAUCUCUCUGUGGACUAGCAAUAAUUUCCCUUUUAAUAUGUCAACUACUCUUCCAAUAUCUGGUUAUUAGUAAGAUAUAAUUUGUGAUUUCAGUUCAAAAAACUAGUCUCCAAGCCUGCUCUCGACUUGCUAAGAGAUGUCAUUUAGUGUGUUUCAGAGAAUUAUCAGCCUCCUGUCACCAUCUAAUGAUGUCAUACAGUUGGCUUAAAAUAUAUAAGAAGACUGUAAAUAUCAGUUUAAGGUGACUUUUGUAAUUAAAUUUAAUUAAAAGUGGGUUUUCAUCAGUAAUUAAAUAGAAAAUGUGUUUCCUUGUCUUUAUAGGAAUUUUGUGCUCAUGAGAGAAAGUAAAUGAACUCCCAGAUCUCCAUGUAAUUUCAGUUGGUAUCAAGUUGGGUAACAUUAAGAACUGGUGGCAUCAAUGUUAAUGGCUUAAGUCAGCUUUAUGCAGUGUUUCUGAGACAUACAAAUUCAGAAGAUCCCACCAGUAUGCGCUGAGUAAGCCGACCUCAGCUUGAGUUGUUCCAGGUUGCCUCUGGAUAUGCAGGGUUGGGAGCGAUGAGGGGGUUAAGCAGGGAUCAGCCAAACAUCCUGCUACUGGGAGGUUACCCAGCUGUCCUCUCCUCUCUUUCACUCUCUCAGCUUAGUUCCAUGGUUGAUUUGAGUUAGAACAUAUUUGAUUAACAUGCGACCUCCCUAUACCAAUCCAUGGUCAAUAGUUCUCGUUGCUCACAGUGUAGCCACUGAAGCAAGCUGAAAGGUGCCUGUGGCAACUUACCAGGAGGAAGAGGCAGAAAAAGGAGAGGGGGAGAAUGGUACCCAACUCACUCCUUCUGCAGUUGAUGACUGCUCUCAGUAAAUUUCAAAGAAUCCACUUGAGAAUCUAUUCCCACUGGCCCAUUGCACAGGUUUCCGUGACGGUUUUACAGGCCUUUGAAUCUUACACCAAUGGAACAAUUUACACCCAUGAGAUGCUUUCACCGUAUGAUUGGAUAUUGUUUUAUGAUGACCCAGGCAGCCCUGAUUAAGUAGGAGCCCAUUGCUCAUGGUUACAAAAUUCUGCGAAGUCAAUGAGGUGAUUUUCCACAGUGAGGUCAUAAGUUAAAUUGAUUACAAGCCUUCUCUCUCUUUUGAUGCAGUGUGGCUGCUUUGAAUGGAGUUCGUACAUUUACAGUAGCUUGUGACAUUGUUGUAUUUAGGAGUAGGCCAUUCAGCCCCUUAAGCCUAUUUCAACAGUGUUAAUGGCCAUGAACUUUAUCCAACAUCACUUUACUCACACUUUACUACAGCUGUCUUAACUUAAUCUUAAAUGUUGACAUCAAUCUCCACUUCAGUCACAGAAUUUAGUAAAAAUCUAUAUGCAAGGGACAAAGACUGAACCCCAGUGCCUCAUGUGCACAAAGCAGAUACCCUGUCAUUGGGUAUCCAUAUCCUCCGGCUUGAUGACCCAAGGCUGUAGGACCUGAACUGAAGGACAAGAUCACAGCUAGGACCCAAGUUACAUUGCCUGAUGCAAGUGAUACCCCAUGCAGCUGCUCACUGCUCCCUUUCUGAGCCGCUGUCUAGUACUUUUAAAGCUCUGCAGCUUUUGAAAGUUAGGCCAUGACGUUGUUGCCUAUGUAACAACUUGGUGCUGGAACACCCAGUUGAAACAUCUGGCCCAGUUCUCCUCAGUUGGAGAGAGAAUGUCCUCAGUUGAACGUUCGAGAUUGAAGUGCUGAAGAGAAUUGAUGCAGAGAACAAUGGAUAGUCAGGAGCAAGCAAUAGGCUGUACACUUUAUCAAGGGGUUAAAAUGUGUUCUGCAUUGAAGGAUUGACUUUUUUAGCGUGUUUACCUGUAAUUAUUUAAUCUGUGUACACAGACGUUUUGAACGAAGGGUUCUGCCCAGAAUAUCAACCUAACUUUUCUUUCUGCAGAUGUUGAGUGCCUGAAGAAUGAUGGAUAACCCUGAGUAAUUGCAAAUCUAACAAAUAAUUUCAUUUGAUAGUUUUAAAAAAGUAUAUAAUCUGAGAUCAUUCUCAGUGUAACUUUUUCUCAUCAUUUGUAUAUCACUUUUGGAUAUCCAUUGUUUGUCAUUUUAUUAAAGGAUUGGAAACACUGAACCGUGAUAAUGGUGGCUGAGCACCUACAGAAAUUCUGUACUGGAACUUGCAGAUAACAAUUAAAAUGUUAACAACAA